UCCUUCCUUCUCUCUCGUCCGUUCUCUUUCCCUCUCUAUAUAUACUGUAUAUAUCUUUCUGUCGGCGUUAGCUGUCGCGUUUUGUGAACUAAUCAUCAUUGCUAAAGCUUAUAGUAAAGAACGCAUGGCUGCCAAUCGGGUACUCGUUUACGGAGGAAGAGGCGCACUAGGUAGCAAAAUUGUUCAGCACUUCAAAUCCAAAGGAUGGUGGGUAGCCAGCAUCGAUAUCGUUGCCAAUGAGGAGGCAAACGCGAACGUGCUGGUGAAGUUAUCGGAGUCAUUUACCGAGCAAGCAGGGCAGGUGACAGCAGAUGUGGCACAGUUGCUAGGGGACCAGAAAGUAGAUGCCAUCUUGUGUGUGGCAGGUGGAUGGGCAGGAGGAAAUUGCAGCUCAAAAGACUUGUACAAAAACACAGAUAUGAUGUGGAAGCAGAGUGUGUGGACCUCUACCAUCUCCAGCCACCUGGCUGCUGUGCACCUGAAGCAAGGGGGACUGCUGACUCUGGCUGGGGCUAAAGCAUCACUGGGUGGCACUAGUGGCAUGGUGGGCUAUGGCAUGGCCAAGGCAGCAGUCCACCAGCUCUGUCAGAGUCUAGCCGGAGAAGACAGUGGGAUGCCCCCUGGAGGUGUGGCUGUAGCCAUACUACCGGUAACCUUGGAUACGCCGAUGAACAGGAAGUUCAUGCCUGAUGCAGACUUUGGUUCCUGGACACCGCUGGAGUACAUUUCAGAAACUUUCUUCAAUUGGGCCACUGGUGCAGAUCGUCCAGCAUCGGGCAGUCUGAUGCAGCUCACCACUGUGGGAGGCAAGACACAGACCCUACCCACGCAAUAGAGGAGAGGGAGGGAGAGAUAGACAAUGAGAGAGCGGGAGAGAGGGCUAGUGAGCGGAAUGGUUGGGAGAGACUGUGAUAGGGUGGGUCGGGAGGGUUAAAAUGAGUCACAGGGAGAAAGAGGGGAUGAAUGCUUGGUUGAAGAUGUUCCCUCUAAGAGCUAUUAUCAGUAUCUCAUAACAAAUUGUUUUGUAUUUUUGUGUCUUUUUGAUGUGGUUUUAAUAKCUCUGUCUCAAUUUGAAUAAAACUCCAUGUGAAUCAUAA